UUCGUAUUUUCAACUUUCGUUCUUACCAUUACUUCUACUUAGUUGACACUUCACACAAUUUAGAGACCCAACACUGCUUUUACUACUCUUUUUGCGAUUUCUGGGGAUCAACAUGAACCAAAUUAAGCCGCAGGACAAUGCUGCUGCUGCAACAAAAGCCAUUACUCCAUUUCAAUCUGAUGAGCAUGAGUCUCCUGCUAUUGAGAUUUCUCAUGAGUCUCCGGUUUCUGGUGCUGGAUGGGUUUGCAAAAUCCCCUCAGAAGACUCAGGAUGGCGUUCAUUCAACACCAAAUCAUCUUCUCAGACUCAUUUGCUUUCAGCAGAAGAAAAAUCAACCAUAGCAGCACUUGAUUUGCAGCUCAAGGCAGUGAAAGCUUGCAAAGCAUUUUUAGUUGGCAAUACUAGUUCGGACUUUGAUGAAGAUGACAUCAUCGAUGAUGAGGAUGAAGAUGAAGAUGAGGAUGAGCCGAUAGACGGUGAUGACAAUGACGACGAGGGUGAUGAGUCUGCGGAGUACAAGUUUUUUGAAAAAGUGUUUAAAGAAGAUGGUGAAUUAAGAAGAUAUUACGAGAACAACCACAAAGAAGGGCACUUUUAUUGUUUGGUUUGUGGGGCUGUAUGGAAGAAAGUAUGGAAGAGGUUUAAGGAUUGCAAUCAACUACUUCAACAUUCAACUACUGUAUUAAGGACAAAAAGGAUGCGAGCUCACAGGGCUUAUGCUCAGGUUGUCUGUAAAGUUAUUGGUUGGGACAUUGAUCAGUUGCCUGUAAAUUCCAGGAAGAUUUUGGUUGAAUCCAAAAAGUCUGGAGGGGAUGGCAUGGAUGAUUCAAAUGGUGAAACUGAUAAUGGUAAUGCUGAUGAACGUGUUGACGAUUUGGUUCAUGUUCCGUGAAGUGCAGGAAAAGCGAAUAGCAGUUAUGAUAUAGUUUAGACUUUAGAUGAAGGCCCUUAAUCUUUUAUCCCUAACACUAGUAGAGAGGCUAAUGAUUCUGACUUGAAAGAUGUUGUUUAUAUACUUCUAUCUCGUGACCCUUAAUUUUGUAAAUCCUUCUAUUGUGGAGUUUGAUCUCUUCGGAUAGUGCCUCAUUUUGAAGCGGUUUUUAUUAUCACAUUUAUGUGUUGUGUUGC